AUGUCGUCGACACAAGAAGAUCCUCCGAACUCAUACAUGGUGACUGAAGAAGGCGACGACUUCGUCCCUAAGAACGCUAAAUGGACAUGCAACUGGGGCGCAUCGUGGGAGCCCUACAAGAAGAAAUGCGGAGGGAGAAAUGAGGAUAUAUACAACAAGAUUUGUUCCAAGUGUGGCAAUAAACGUGGCUGCGGUGCAACGGCCGACCUUGGAGAGACGAGACUCGGCUGUGGGGAACGAGGACGGUUUUGGAUGCUUUUCCCUAAUGAAGAUGGCAGUGAAAAUUGGUCAACUAAUUUCAUUAGCGACUGA